CGGGUGGCGAGUGCGCCUGCGCGGCGCCCAGCUGCCGGAACCGGCUUCUGCGGGGCUUCCGCUUCCCCGGGUGCGCCUGGUCCUAAAAGUUGGUUUUUCUGGGACUCACGUUCCUCCCGUGCACCGGCCGCCGGGUUCGCAGAGUCCAGCUCCGGAAUGAAGACCACCGACUCAGGGAUGAAGCAUUGACCAGCAGCUAUCGAGGCUGAAGUUAGACCAGAGGAUUCACCGGUGCAUUCAUGGCCACCACCCCAGCCUCACCCACAGUUGCCUCUCGAGUUCCCUUUGCAGAUUUAUGUUCCACUCUGGAGCGAAUCCAGAAAGCCAAAGGACGUGCGGAAAAGGUUAAGCACUACAGGGACUUUUUGGAUUCUUGGAGGAAAUUUCAUGAUGCCCUUCAUAAGAAUCAGAAAAAUGUCACGGACUCUUUUUAUCCAGCUAUGAGGCUGAUUCUUCCCCAGCUAGAAAGAGAGAGAAUGGCCUAUGGCAUUAAAGAAACGAUGCUCGCUAAGCUCUACAUUGAGCUACUUAAUUUGCCCAAGGAAGGAAAAGAUGCCCUGAAGCUGUUAAAUUAUCGGACGCCUACGGGGACUCGUGGGGAUGCCGGAGACUUUGCCAUGAUUGCGUACUUUGUGCUGAAGCCAAGAUGCUUGCAGAAAGGAAGCUUGACCAUCCAGGAAGUCAACAGCAUUCUGGACUCCAUCGCCAGCAACAAUUCCUCCAAGAGAAAAGACCUGAUGAAGAAGAGUCUUCUUCAGUUCAUUGCUCAGAGUUCAGCACUCGAGCAGAAGUGGCUUAUCCGAAUGAUCGUCAAGGACUUAAAGCUUGGUAUCAGCCACCAAACUAUUUUAUCUGUUUUUCAUAGCGACGCGGUGGAGUUGCACGGUGUCACCACAGAUCUGGAGAAGGUCUGCCGGCAACUGCAUGACCCCUCGGUCGGGCUCAGUGAUAUUUCCAUCAGUUUAUUCUCUCCCUUUAAGCCAAUGCUAGCUGCCAUAGCGGAUAUCGAGCGGAUCGAGAAGGACAUGAAGCACCAGAGUUUCUACAUCGAAACAAAGCUGGAUGGCGAGCGGAUGCAGCUGCACAAAGACGGGGACGUCUAUGAGUAUUUCUCCCGAAACGGGUACAACUACACCUCGCAGUUUGGCGCUUCUCCGCAGGAGGGUUCUCUUACACCCUUCAUCCACAGUGCUUUCCGAGCGGACGUGCGCGUCUGUAUCCUGGAUGGGGAGAUGAUGGCCUACAACCCUAACACGCAGACUUUUAUGCAGAAGGGGAGCAAGUUUGAUAUUAAACGCAUGGUGGAUGAGUCUGACCUGCAGACCUGCUUCUGUGUUUUUGACAUCCUGAUGGUCAAUAGUAAGAAGCUUGGACACGAAACCCUGAGGAAGAGGUAUGAGAUUCUGGGGAGUGUUCUCACACCAGUAGCAGGUCGAAUAGAAAUCGUGCAGAAAACACAGGCUCACAGCAAGAAAGAAGUCAUCGAUGCUUUGAAUGAAGCGAUAGACAAGAGAGAAGAGGGGAUCAUGGUCAAGAACCCCUUCUCCAUUUACAAGCCGGACAAGCGAGGGGAAGGGUGGCUGAAGAUUAAGCCCGAGUAUGUGACCGGGCUGAUGGAUGAGCUGGACAUCUUGCUCGUUGGGGGCUACUGGGGGAAAGGCUCGCGGGGUGGGAUGAUGUCCCACUUUUUGUGCGCGGUGGCAGAGAAGCCGCCCCCGGGGGAGAAGCCGUCUGUGUUCCAUAGCCUCUGCCGGGUGGGCUCAGGCUACACGAUGAGGGAACUGUACGACCUGGGUGUGAAGCUGGCCAAGCACUGGAAGCCGUUUCACAAGAGGGCUCCUCCCAGCAGCAUUUUGUGUGGAACCGAGAAGCCGGAAGUGUACAUCGAGCCCCGCAAUUCCGUCAUCGUCCAGGUCAAGGCAGCCGAGAUCGUCCCCAGUGACAUGUACAAAACAGGCUACACGCUGCGCUUUCCGCGGAUCGAGAGGAUCCGAGAGGACAAGGAGUGGCACGAGUGCAUGACCCUGGAGGACAUGGAGCAGCUCCGGGGCCGGGCGGCCGGGAAGCUGGCCUCCAAACACCUGUUCGCCGGUGCCGGGGACGGCGAGGACGAGCCGCAGGAGAAAAGGCGGAAAGCUGCCCCCAAGGUGAAGAAAGCCGUCGGCAUCAUGGAGGCCUUCAGGGCCCCCAACCUCGCCAGUGUGAACAAGGUCUCGAACGUAUUUGAAGACGUGGAGUUCUGUGUGAUGAGCGGCCUGGCCGGCCACCCAAAGCCCGCCCUGGAGAGCAGGAUAGCGGAAUUCGGAGGUUACAUCGUCCAGAACCCGGGCCCAGACACAUAUUGCGUCAUUGCAGGGACCGAGAACAUCCGGGUGAGGAACAUCAUUUCUUCAGACAAGCACGAUGUCGUGAGGCCCGAGUGGCUCCUGCAGUGCUUCGAGACCCGGCGCUGCGUGCCCUGGCAGCCGCGCCACAUGCUCCACAUGUGCCCGUCCACAAGGCAGCAUUUCGCCCAUGAGUAUGACAGCUACGGGGACAGCUAUUUUGUAGACACAGAUCUGGAGCAGCUGAAGGAGGUGUUUGCGGGGAUUAGGAGUCCUGGCGGGCAGACUCGGGAGGAACUGGCCCCUGUGAUUGCUGACCUGGAGUACCGGUACUCCUGGGACCGCUCCCCUCUCGGUAUGUUUCGGCGCCACACCGUGUACGUGGACCUGUACUCCGUCAUCGGCGACUCGAGCACCAGAGCGGAGGGCACGAGGCUCGCCAUCACCGCCCUGGAGCUUCGGUUUCACGGAGCCCAGGUCGUUUCUUGUCUCGCUGAAGGCGUGUCACACGUGGUCGUGGGGGAGGACCACAGCCGGGUGGGCACUCUUAAAGCUUUCCGAAGGACUCUUCAGAGGAAGUUCAGAAUCCUGCGAGAAGACUGGGUGACUGAUUCGAUAGACAAGUGUGAGUUGCAGGAGGAAAAUCAGUACCUGGUAUGAAGAUAAAUUCUGUGCCGAGGAAGCUACUGCCCUGUCCUUGGAAGGGUUCUCAUAUUGGGGGGG